CGCCGUGGUAUUUUGCCCGCUCUAUCGUCACCCUAUUGUUACAAUACUAGUAUUUGUCUCUAUCUAUACUUGUAGGUUAUUAUUAAUAAUAAAUAUUAAUUAUUGCGCACUUCACUUCAGUACGCGUACAGCAACUGUACAAAUAUGUUCGCUCGGCUGCUUCUCCUGUGUCUCUUAGGAAUUAGUUGUGUCAAUUGUGAAUAUCUUUUUAAGAAAUUGUGUUCUGAUGAUCCUCACCAAUGCGAAGUAUACAACGUUAUACUGGACCCGUGCGAAGAUGGGAAGAACUUUUGUACCAUUAACAAGCUAAAACAUUACACGCUUAGUAUAGACUUCCUACCUAAGUUCUCUGCAAACAAGCUGAAUAUGUCAAUGUUAAUCGAUGAUAAGCUUACUGACACAUUCGACGGUGAAGUGAAGGUUCCCUCUGAUGCGUGCGAGGUACUCACUUGUCCGGUAGACGCCCAGACAAGGAGACUUUUCGAUGUCAGGUUUAAGUUGGGCAAGAGCAUCGCUGUCGGCAAAUAUCCAGUGAAAAUGAAGUUGUUCAACAGUGAAAAUGAGAAACAAAGUUGUUGUUUUACUUUUAACGUGAAAAUAAAAAAAUAGUAAUAUUGGACAAGCA